UUUUUUUUUUUUAAUUUGGUGCCAAAAUAUAGUCCUCAGGCAAUAUUUAACGAUCCAUUCAGGAGGGGCAAUAACAUUUUUUCCUGCUGGGGAACCUAUUCUAACAAACGAGAAGCAAAAUGCUGCAAAGAUAUUUAGCAGUUCUGAAGUUGUUGCCGAGGAACCUUGGCAUGGAAUCGAGCAAGAGUACACCUUGCUGCAGAAGGAAGUUAAAUGGCCUAUUGGAUGGCCAGUCGGAGGGUAUCCUGGACCGCAGGGCUGGAGCUGACAAGGCUUAUCGUGACAUUGUUGACUCACAUUAUAAAGCUCGUCUCUAUGCUGGCAUUAACAUAAGUGGUAUCAAUGGAGAAGUUAUACCAGGCCAGUAUAUCUCAUGGAUUCACAAUUUUUUUUUCCUGUGGGAAUUCCAAGUUGGUCUGCUGUCAGCAUCGCUGCUGGCGAUGAGCUUUGGAUGGCUCGCUACAUUCUAGAGUCUUUUUCCCAGUUGACAGAGGAUAACUGAAAUUGCUGGAGUGAUCCUCUCAUUUGAUCCAAAACCUAUUCUGGAUAGAAUCAUGCGCUCUAUAGAUCUGCCUUUUCACCAGUUUUAGCAUCUUGUCAGAUUAUUGUAGCCAUGAUGUUAUAUCAUAGAGCUGCUUGUUUUGGACCACUUAUCCAUUCUCAGUUGGGAACAUAAUUUUUUUUUUUUUUUAAAUUUGGUAGGAUGAUUGGACUGUUGCUCAUACUAAUCACAGGUUGAAUUUUGAACUCCUUUUCUUUUGUCAGUUAUUCCCUGGAUAUUUAUUGCAAGACGGUUAAACUCAUUUUAUAAGUUGCAUAUCUUCUUUAAGAUGCAAUACUAGCCUGUAGGUAAAACAUUAUUGACGUUGCUAUCAGCACCAAGUCAGUGAGAAGCAAUGGAGGAUUCAAUGUUACAAGGAAGGCUAUUGAAAAGCUUAAAUUUAGGCACAAGGAUCAUAUUGUGCUUAUGGAGAGGACAAUGAACAUCGUCUUACUGGGAAGCAUGAAACAGCAGACAUUAACACCUUCU